UGUUGCAGUCUCUGAUAGACGUCCAUCCAGUUCGUUGACCCUGCACUCCCCAGUUCAAGAUGAUGACGCUGUGUUCAAGUGAUAGUCUGCAGCUAGCUUUAACAGCAACUGUUUACAUCUUGCUUGAACUUUCCACAUGCAGCACCAAGGAAUGUGGACUGCAAAUGACAGAGAAAAUGAAGGUCAGAUCUGUCGUUUUAAGGAGCAUUGACAUCACGUUGUGCCAACUUUACUGCCAAGAUGACUUCAUAUUUGCAUCCUGUCAUAAAUCCAAGAAGAUGAAGAAAACGGGCGGAUCCAGCGUCCUUUCUCAAAAUCAUCCCCAUGCUCUGACUACAACCUCUGCAUCCAAUGUCGGCACUCUGACUUCCCGAUGUCCAAAGAUAGUGCAAGCGACUCGACCAUCAUUAGACUGUGAGGACAUCCAUGACGCCUGCGAACAAGGGAACCCUGAUGCGGUGAGGUGGAUCCUGUCAAAGAGAGGGUUUUUGGACGUCAACUGUAGAAUGAGAGGCAUGACACCGUUGAUGAAGGCAGCAGAGGAGGGAUACAGAGACAUUUUGGAGCUCCUUGUUAAUGGUGGAGCUGAUGUGUCACUGGUGACCGGUGACUGUGACACUAUUCUUCACUUGGCCUGUUAUGGGGGAGACAUGGAGGCGGUGAAGUAUAUCCUGUCUCUGAACGUAGUGGACUUCAGCAACAGUAGAGGAAUGAAGAAUAGGACACCGGUGAUGGCGGCAGCAUACCCCGGACACAGAGACGUGGUGGAGCACCUUUUGGGUCAAGGAGCUGACGUGACACUGGUGGACGAUUAUGGUGACACCAUCCUUCACUUAGCCUGUCGUGGAGGAGACGUGGAGACGGUGACCAUUCUCAUGUAUCAGAGCAUGGUGGACAUCGACGCCAGGAACAAGAAAGGGCAGACGCCGGCCGACGUGGCGAGAGACAAGGGACAUCAGUAUGUGAGUGAGCUGGUGUCAAGUGGCGCUAUAUGACGUCAGUGUCGUGUUUGCAUAGACGG